AUCAGUUCUCUUAUCACCAGCGGAUUGUUAGCAGCAAAUUCUUUACCAGCUGAGGCCAGUUUUUGAAUCCAAGUGAUCCAGGUGGAAAAGUGGAAAAUUCGGAGGCCAUUGGAAAAGCAGUGGGAGCUGCGUUGGUGCGUGAGUGUGCGUGUGGAAAGCUUCGCUCGCUAGCUGUGUGAGUGUGGAAGCGCAACACUUGGUUCUCUCACCUCUCCGGUGACGGGAGCAAGCCAAGAGCACAAAUAUUUCCUCCCCCGGGGUGACAGCGCGUGAUAAGAAAGCCCCGACAAUAUCAGUAGGCAAAACUAUCCAAAACAACAACUCCACCACCAUAUCCACCACCCCCUUUCCUGAGUAACCAGUUCGCAGAAAAGCUACUAAGAUUGCAACAGCAAUAGAAAUAACAGCUAUGCCUGAAGUGUUGCCACUUUCUGGCAUGGCUGAUGCCGAGCCGGACCUGUCGACGUUCGAGAACAAGUCCGGUCUGGCGGAGGACAUGAAGUUCCUCGCCUCGAUGCCGGAGCUAUGCGAUGUCACAUUUCUGGUGGGCGAAACCCGGGAGCCGGUUUGCGCGGUAAAAGCCGUCCUGGCAGCACGGUCCCGUGUCUUUCAAAAGAUGCUCUACCAGGCACCGUCUCCUCAGCGCAAGAAAGAACCACCUCCAAGGGAGAACAAGUUGCGUCUGUUUUUGAAACGAUCCUCGGAACCGUUGCUGAACUUACAGAAUGCUGCCCAGCAGCCUGCGGGACAGCAGCACCAGACGCUCAUCAUUGAAGAAUUUGAACCAGACGUUUUCCGUCAGUUGAUCGAGUACAUCCAUACGGGAUGUGUCACGCUGCAACCGCGUACCCUUCUCGGGGUGAUGAAUGCCGCCGACUACUACGGGUUGGAAGAGCUUCGGCGUGCUUGUGGUGGAUUCGUCCAAUGUUGCAUCAACGUGGACACGGUUUGCGCUCUGUUGGCCUCGGCCGAGCGAUAUAUCCAGUAUAAAUGCACCAAGAGCUUGGUGCAGAAGGUUCUGGAAUUUGUGGACGAACAUGGCAACGAGGUGCUGAAUUUGGGCAGCUUCACUCUACUGCCACAGCACGUGGUUCGUUUGAUACUGGCUCGGGAGGAGCUUCGGGCGGAUGAGUUUACCAAAUUCCAAGCUGCACUAAUGUGGAGCAAGAAGUAUUGUGACACGAAUCAGAACACUCCCCUGAAGGAGGUGAUUGGGAACUUUUUGGAGUACAUCCAAUUCCACAAGAUUCCGGCGAAUGUGCUGAUGAGAGAGGUCCACCCGUUAGGGAUUGUGCCGUAUUCGAUCAUUAUGAAUGCAUUGGCGUUCCAGGCAGACCCAACAAGUGUGGACCCCGGAAAGCUCUCCCCCAACUCCAGUCGAGUAAGGAGGGCACGUCAAUCCCACCAUUCAAAAUCUCUCCCAAAGAUACGCAAAGCCAAGUCCCAGAGUUUCCGUACCCGACGCAGUCCAUCGGAACGUAAAGGCCACGGUUCACCAUCGCCGUGGAAUUUCAAUGCCGAACAGCGCAAAAGUCCCGUCAACAGUUUACAACAGCAGAUCCAGCAGCAUGUACCCAGGUCACCCGGAAGUGCUUCAGCUCAUCUCGAGCACCGAAGUUCUAUUAGUUCGCAGAAAAGUCCAGCUCUAUCACGCCAAGGAACGCUGCGAUCAUCCCAUCGCCGGAAGAGCAGUUUGGGUGCGUCGCUGAAUCUGAAUCAGGGACGCCGCAGUCCAAACAGUAUGUUAAACGACCGUAGUCCACAGGGACGUAAGAGCCCUAAUCUUCUCAUUACCGACCAAAUGUACACUCAAAGCUUCCAGGUCCAUAUGGACCGCAAGUCUCCAACUGCCAUGUCAUUCUCCGGACGACGAAGUCCAUCGGGUCUACGAAGUCCAUCCGGGCUACGUAGUCCUUCUGGGUUGCGUAGUCCAUCCGGAUUGCGUAGUCCAUCAGGACUUCGAAGCCCUUCUGGCCUGUGCAGCCCUUCCGGACGGCGCAGUCCACUAGGUUUCACUCUACAAUCCGAGUAUUCUAACGUGCUGCAGGGCCAGACGGAGCGGUUCAGUCCAAAUUCACUCAGCAGUCAUUCCGCUCAGGAUCGUCGAAGUCCCACUAUGCACCUUCCACCAGAGCGUAGCCGUAGCCCGAUCGGUUUCCACUCUCGCUACAGUGGAAGUUUCUACGGCGACCGCUCAGCACGUACCAGUCCAACAGCACUUAGCAGUAUUCCUCCAAUAACCAUCUCAAAUCCAUCGGAAACUUACGAGAUCGUACAGAAGUCGAUGGAAUCGGAGCGUAGUCCGCUGAAACCGGAUGCUCCAGCAAUACCAAUGUCUACCUCUUCCCAAAAGUUACAAGGUGCCGGGGCCACUACACCUGGAUCGGCCACUUCGAGUACGACUGCUCCGGAGAAAAAGGAGAAGACAAGCGUUAUGAAGGAAAUCCUAGCGUUCGUAAGGAAACCCUCCAAGAAGGUUACCACGAGAACGAGCAAGUUUGCAGCUGCCUUCUCCAGGGCCGAUUCCAACACGGGAGCUCCACUGCUGCGACAGAGCACAUUUUCCAGCAUCCAGAAUUCGUCGAGUUGCGCUGGCCGCAACGCAAUAACUAAGCAAAUGUCGGAGAUAGGAUUUGAACCAAUUAUGACCUCACUGAAGCUGAAGGGUAUGGGCUCGAGGAUUUCGUUGAGAUCGCUGCGAAAAUUCAGCAGUGAUAAAAAGGAUAAAAAAUCGAGUGGCGAUGAGAUCAGUGAUGUUGAGAGUAGCGAUGGAGGAAAAAUCUCAUCUGAAGUCAGCAAUCCGUUGGAGAUUCCAUUCGAGCUGGACAAUGUGAAAUUUGAAAAGGUUGGCGAGUCGUAUAUCAAGCACGAUCAGAUCACGGAGGAAGAAAGUCCUCGUGGAUCACAGGAAAGUGAGGAAACCGAUGAUGGAAAGUUGAAGAUUACGCCGGUAAGUGAAAUCAAGAAGUCACUGGAAGCACUCUUUACCAGGCAGGAACCGAUCGAUGAAGCGGCGGAAGAUGUGCGAAAAGAUUCGGAGGCGAUUCAGUGCCCGACGUUUGAAAUAGAACCACCAUCGAGGCGGGCAUCGUUCGACCCACCUCGUUCACCGUAUCUAGAGAAUCUGAGAAGUUUGAGCGAAACCGAUCACGAAGGAACUCAUCACAGCCGGCUGGAUUCCGGUGGGGAUAGUUUUGAACUGGUCGAUACCACCGAUCGACGAGGAGAGAGUAGCGUCAGCGAUCGCCACUCGUCAAUGGAUACGAGUUUUGAUAUCAGUCGAUACCAGAGCACUAGCUAUGAGGAUCAGAAUUCGAGUUUCGAGCUAGUUGAGUUGGAUAACUCGCAACGGACAUCGGUGAAGGAUGAUAAGAUUUCUCCAUUUGAUAUCAGGAAAUCCUCGAUCGAACUAGUUGAUGCGGAGACUUUUCAGAGACCGUAUCCGGAUGGUCGUAAGUCAUCACUGGAGACUCACUUUGAUUUAGCUGAAGGUUACCAACCGACCAGUCCACGCAGUGCGUUCACGGUUAUUCCCAAGGCUCGUAAGCAAAUAUCCGAACCUGGUCGCAAUCGUGAUUACAAAGGAGGCAUGAAGACCCACUACUCCGCUCCUCACCGUGCCAAGUCACCCCUCUCGAAUCAGACGUCGUCCAACUACAGUUCCCGGGAUAGUUACGAUUCGAUCUUCGAAUCGAUGCCUCAUUGCGAUGUUCGCAGUCCGUUCUCGGAACGAGACUCUAAGCAACAUUUUCAGCUGCCACGCAAGACCUCCAACGAGUCUUCCUCGCGCUUUCUCUGUACCGAUAAACGUUGUGCCUCAAUCUUUGAACCUCGCCCGGCUCGCCUCUCCUCCACGCAUCUGGACACGUCCAGCGGUAGCGAGUUCGAGCCUCCCUCUCCUCGACGGGCGGCCAGCGCUUCGCCCAAGCAUACCUUCACCUUCCGGAUCGUGUUGAAGAAGGUGGACAGCUCGCCGGAUGCCAUCUGCCCGUCGGCUGAACGACGCAAUCGGGAGAAGGUGGACAAAAACAAACGACGUGACAGCCGCCGUAAGAAGCUGCUGGAAAUUGGCAAGAGUUUCUAAGUAGGCGGCGGCGUUCGAACGAAGAGAAAAUAAUGGAGGAGUGAAUAAACAAAGCGUAGGAGACACUGGAAACAGUGCACGCUGUGAGAAGAGUUAUAGAUAGGAUCGAAGCAGACACUGUAGCAAGGUGCGUCGGGAGAUUAUUCUGAUGCUUCUUUGUGUCGCGCAUUGUUUACAUUCGAAUGUUUGGAUGGAUUUACAAUACUUAUCAAGAGGCGUUUUUCAUAGUUCUAUUUGUACAAGUGCAACAAUCGUUAUUCAUUGUGUCUCUUCAGUCAUUUCCUUCACAAAUACUCAAUUACAUAUGCUAGCAUUGGGUAAGUUGGUAAGGGAAGUGGUUUGAGGAAGUUAAUAGUAAGGCCGAAAGGAAUCCACCAUCCGCAGCCCUUCCAGCUUAUUUCUGCAAAGCAUCAAAUUCCCCUUAUUUAUGAACAAUCAAUAUAACACUUUGGUAACUGUAAGACAAUUUCAACAUAAUCUUCAAUAUAAAUGAGUAGUGAGUACUCGAUUCACCCUAGAAAAAUAUGAAAAGUUCCAAAUCUGGACAGAAAUCAAUAUUAUAACAGCUCUAGCCAUAUAAAGCUCACUUCAGUCCUAGUACCUACCAGAAUAAUGACACAGUUUUAUCCUAAAAAAUAAAUUCCCUUACGAUAAACAAUAUAAACAUUCUAAAACUAGAAAUUUCGGCAAAAGAAUGCAUAUGCAAAUAACAGUUUUAAAUUAAUUCAUGCACUCACAAACAAAAGCCUUAAAGGCAUCGUGUUCAAAUUACACUCAUAAAUACCGGUAAGAAAAACAAUAGUGAAAUAAUGAAUUCAUGAAUCAAUGUACUUUACUUAAGCGAAGCAAACAUUAGUUAUUUUCCCCAAAAAGUAAUACACAAAUACAAACAAAACGGCUGUUCUCUGAGGUUAAAAAAUAAACAAUUGAAUUUACAAGAUUUUAAACGAAAUGUUGAAUAGAAAGAGUGCACCGAGUUGUGAAAGUGGAAUAGUUUCAUCUAUGAAGAUUCAAUCUUUGACACAAUUAUUAUGGAUAUUGUAUUUUAUUAGUUAAUGGCGGACCAGUUGAGGUGUGAAAAUAGCAACAUAGGGAAGGAAGGAGAUUCUUAUAUCACUUUGUUCACACUUUCUUUCAAACGCUGACAGAUGACAUAGGCGUCAGGCACGUGUUACUCUGGCUCAAAAAAUUACAAGAGAGCUACUUUGAUGGUUUCUAUAUAUAGUUUCGUUUCUAUUCAGUGGAGAAAAUGCAAGGGAUCAAAAUUGAAAGCAAGCUUUCAUCGGAACCACUAACAAUCAAAUCAAGCAAAACUGUCAAACGGUAAACACAAAUAUCAAACCUUAAUCAAUCAAAAAAGUCUACACUCUGAUUUCGAUUCGCACGGAAAUAUACCACCCACCCACACGACAGUGGGUGAUCGUGGUAGUAUUUUCGUCGAACAAAAAUGCUGGACAAUGGGGCCGUAUUGAAAAAAUAGCUAACUUUAGUAGCCUACAGUUUAAAUAAUAAUAAAAAAAAUCAUGUCAAACACGCAUACCCACCCAUAUAACCCUUUCUAUAAAGGCUAGAACAUAAUUUAAAUAACCAAAAUGCGCAACGCAAUGGGGUGAUGUUUGUUUUCAAUGUCUAUCAAUAAUCUAAGUAUCUAUAAACACUAUCUGUUGCUACGAAAUCUCACUCCUUUCCCAAUCAUAAACAAGACACAUGGAGUUUUUUUUUUUAAAUUACGGCAGGUUUUGGCCGAAGGGUCUCAUAAUGUUAUGAAAUUUUGACCACAGAUUUCCUUAAUCCGACAAAGAUUUUUCCCUGGGGGCCACAUUUUGAAACAUUUAUGUAGAUGGAAUAUCGAAGCAACGCGUUAAUUUUUCCAUUGAAUCAGAAUGUGCCAGUGUACCAAAACGUCAAAUCCCAUAAGUACCAGAACGUGAAAAUAAUUUCAGUUCUCUGCACAGUAUUCUUUGUACGAUGCUUGGUUCAUGAGUUAUUAACUUUCAAAGUACGUGAUGCCCGGAAUAAAUCGCCCCGUAUAACCAUAAACUCUACUCUGUGGGCAAAAUUUCAGAAAAUUCUGAGAUCUAUCAGCCUAUUUUGUCCGAUAGUGAAAAAAAAAAUCCCCAAACGCAAAGCAUCAAGUCAAAUGCAAAGCCUUCUCCAAUCAAACCCAUAUGUGCCAAAAACCAAACUGAAUCCAUUGAUUGAUGUUCCGUUAUCUCUCAGAAAGGUGAAACUCCAUUAAUCAAAAUCAGCUAUACACAAUUUUGAGAACGUCAUCUCGAAUUUGUCAAGGACGCAGUUAGUCCGUAUUAUUACAAACAUAUACUCCUGACUCUCAAGCAAACCGCUAUGAACUUACAAUAUAUUGUUGUUGAACCGAACUUGAACCUUAUUUACAACGUAAAACGAAUACGAGAGAAUGAAAGCAAAGCGAACGCUAAACUGACUAAUGUACCGUUAAAGUGACGUUUAUUCUACACAUGAAGUACACAAAUAAAAAGUGAAAAUUUAUCAACGGAUAUAAAACUACCAGUGGAGAGAUUCUGAACUUGGUGAGAGAUGAUAAACCAAAACAUAAUCAAAUUAUUUCCAGAAAAUCAAUAAAAUUAUUAUUCCGCUCACACACACAUCCAUUAUUCGGUGUAUGUUGAUUGAAUAAAAACUUUAAAA